AUGGGGAGUAUCUCGUCGGAGGAAGGGAGCGAGGAGAGGUGCGGGAGCUACAGCCUGAGCGCCGACGUGAGCGAGUCGGAGAGCUCGACAGACGGCGUGGAGGAAGACGAGGGCGGCGGCGGCGCCUCCAGCUCCACCGGGUUUUCACCCUUCGCGGCCGGAAGUUCGGCGCCGUUGACGCCGGCGUUCAGUUUUCCCUUGAUCGGAGGCAAGGAUGCUGUGGUUUGGGACGAGACACCGCAGAAACGGGCUUCCGAUUUGUCCGAAAUUGAGAUGAUGAAGGAGAGAUUUGCGAAGCUCCUACUCGGCGAGGACAUGUCUGGAGGGGGUAAAGGGGUUUGUACUGCCUUAGCCAUAUCAAAUGCCAUCACCAAUCUUUCUGCCACUGUAUUCGGGGAACUCUGGAGACUGGAGCCCAUGGCUCCACAGAAGAAGACAAUGUGGUGCAGAGAGAUGGAGUGGCUCUUAUCUGUCAGUGACUCGAUAGUGGAGCUCUUUCCUUCCAUACAGCAAAUUCCUGGUGGGGGUACGUACGAGGUAAUGGCGACAAGGCCACGUUCUGAUUUGUGCAUGAACCUUCCGGCUUUGAAGAAACUAGAUGCCAUGUUGAUUAGUAUUCUUGAUGGGUUUCGGGAGACUGAGUUUUGGUAUGUCGAUCGAGGGAUAGUCGUAGAUGAGUGUGAUAAGUACUCAUCGGGGGCAUCAUCUGGUAGGCCUUCGGUUAGACAGGAGGAGAAGUGGUGGCUGCCCUGCCCUAAAGUUCCCGAUAAAGGGUUGUCCGUGGAUGCAAGGAAAAAGUUGCAGCAGUGCAGGGAUUGCACGAACCAGAUUCUGAAAGCAGCCAUGGCCAUAAACAGCAACGUGCUAGCCGAGAUGGACAUUCCAACUGCCUAUAUGGAAACCCUACCCAAGAAUGGAAGAGAUUGUUUGGGUGACAUCAUCUACCGUUACCUAAAUGCCGAUCAGUUCUCUCCCGAGUAUCUUCUCGAUUGCCUCGACUUGUCAUCAGAGCACCACACUGUAAAUGUGGCGAACAGGAUUGAGGCAGCCGUGCACGUCUGGAAGCUGAAAGAAAGAAAGAAACACCCCAACAUUCAGAAACCCAAACGGAAGUCGUGGGGUGGUAAAGUGAAGGGCUUCGUGGCUGAUGGAGAAAAGAAUCAUUUUCUGGCUCAACGCGCUGAAACCCUGCUGCACACUCUCAGACUUCGUUUUCCCGGUCUUCCACAGACUGCACUCGACAUGAGCAAAAUCCAGUACAACAAGGAUGUGGGGCAUGCAAUUCUGGAAAGUUACUCGCGGGUUAUGGAGAGUUUGGCUUUCAACGUAAUCGCAAGAAUCGACGAUGUUCUAUACGUUGAUGAUGCCACAAGGCAAUGUGCAGCUGCCGAGGCCCACUCGAUUUUCAACCGGGGAGGGUUCAGUGGCCUGCCUGUCCAGAAGAAGAUGUCCCCAAGCCCUUUCUCCAUUCAGCACACACCUUACGCAUCUCCUUUUGCGACUCCAACAUUCUGCUCAUCCCCUCCUCAGCCAAGCAGCCCAAGAAAGACAGCUACACCACUCGACAAGAGCACUAAAGCCCCAAACUUUAAAGACAACAAGGUCAUGCAGGCGGAUUUGGAUAAGCUGUGGUCGUAUGCUGGGAAUCUGAACCUUGGGUCAAGGAGGGUCACUGGGGAUGCCCCAGAGCGCGACUGA